GCAAGACUUCCCGCGAAACCACCUUCAAUCAACCUGUGAAAAAUUAGGGUUCCUUUUUCUUCUGGCCAGGGGAGGAAGUUAGGGUUUCGAUUCAUGCAUUACGAGCAAUGUAUGAAUCACUAAGCAUUUUUUUUGCUCGUCAUCAUCAGUUCAUGUGAGAGAGUGUAACAAUCACCAGAUAUGUGCGGGAUUGCUCUGAUAAUUUCAGGAAUUUGCUUUGAUUCAUCUUCUCUCAAUAAUGUUAAUGGAAAAUGUUUUCAAGACUCUAAUUUCUCAUCUUAUCAACAGGACACAGAGGUUUGUGGGUCAUUUUGGACCAUCGAUGACCUUAAAGAAGCACUGCAAAGGCGAGGACCUGAUCACCUGGGGAGUGAGAUAGUGCUUCUCAAACAAAAUGAGAUACUGUCUAGUGGAACCGAAGAAAACUUUUUCUCAGAUACAGGUGCAAACAGUACAAAUGGCCAUUAUGGUGUCAUUGAUUCCCCUGUAGCUUCCCAUUCCUUAUCUGCUGACCUUAAAGCUCAAGGCCCAAUCCUUGAGUUGGAAAAGGCUGAUAAUGACUGCAGAGAGGAAAUUAAGGAUAAUGCAUGGCUUCUUGAAACUGAAAAAGACUGUGAUAUUCCUAGAUGUGAAGUGAAAAACACUGGUGGUGAUGGCUUAUCUGGGAUAAACUCUUCCUCAGAGAUGCAUUUCUUUGGUGCUACUUUGCAGCUGAGGGGAAUAGCACCUAUACAUCAGCCACUAAAAGAUGCAGACCAAAAUCUGCUUAUUUAUAAUGGUGAAGUAUUUGGAGGAAUUCACGUUGACAGGGAUGAAAAUGAUGGUGAAGUUUUAAUGCAUGCUCUGAGAAGUUGUUGUUCCUGCAAGUGCCAUGGAGAUAGAAAAGUUUGCCUUUGUUCUGAGAAGAUGGGACAUAUUCGUGUGCCACAACUUCUGUCAACAAUCAAAGGACCUUGGGCUCUAAUUUAUUGGCAGGAAAGUUCGAAGACCUUAUGGUUUGGAAAGGAUGCAUUUGGAAGGCGAAGCCUUCUUGUUCACUGGCCUAAUUCAUAUGACCCAAGACUUGUGCUUUCUUCUAUAGCACUGCCCUUGGCUCUAGAAGGGAAGUGUAGCAGGGACACAGGUUGGGCUACCCCACGUGAUAACUUUGGAGCUCAUUCAGACAUUGAUGAACACAUAAAUGAUGACAAUUACUGGGAAGAGCUUCCAUGUGGAAUUUAUAGCAUAACUUUUGGGACGAGAAAAUCGUAUCACAAUAAUACCCAGAAUACUCUAGGGAGAGUUUCAAAGCAUGAAUGGACGGAUCCCCAGUUACAGAGACUUGUCAAAUGGGAUAGAGCUUUUGUGGACCCAAAGCUUAAGGUUACUGCAGGUGUCUGUCAAUUGUCAUUGGCAGAAAAGGUGCUCGUUGCUCUAAAACUAUCCAUCAUAAAGCGAACAACUCAAAGCAUGGUUUCUCAGAAACCUGUGGGAGAAGGUCAAAAACAGCAACUUGUCCCAGUUGCUGUUCUAUUUUCAGGUGGAUUGGAUUCCAUGAUACUGGCAGCGUUGCUAGACCAGUGCUUGAGCUCCUGUUAUGAUAUUGAUCUUAUCAAUGUAAGCUUUGAUUGUCAAUCUGCACCUGAUAGAAUAUCUUCUAAGGAAGGCAUGAGAGAGCUCCAGAGGAUUGCUCCUUCUAGAAGGUGGCGCCUUGUAGAGAUUGAUGCUGAUCUGUCAAAUUUGGCCCGAGAGACAAAGCAUGUAAUCUCUCUGAUAAAUCCUGCAAAAACAUACAUGGAUUUGAAUAUCGGGAUUGCAUUGUGGUUGGCAGCUGGUGGAGAAGGCUGGGUAGAUGAAGAGACCUGCAAUAAUUAUGAACGAGUGAAGUAUAAAUCAGAGGCUAAGAUACUCUUUGUUGGGUCUGGAGCAGAUGAGCAAUGUGCUGGCUAUGGUAGACAUAGGACAAAAUAUAGACAAGGCGGGACUGGUAAGGAAUGGUGCGGGCAUACUGUUAGAAAAUCAAUCCGAUGUGCACAGCUGAACAGAACAUCAACUGGACUCCGAGUUAGAUGCCUUGUUGUUCAACACUCCUCUCCUUUACCACUCGAAGCAGAAAAUUAUGAACGGACUACCUUCUUUCCACUACUUUCCACAAGCAAAUCGGAGAGGAACGAUCACCAUGAUUAGGCAAUCCAGGCAAUUACAAGACUUACCUGAAUCUUUCCACAUUGUUGAUCCUCAACCAAGGCGAAGCUCUCAAAUACUCCAUAGAACGCAACCAUGAACAACAAGGAUCAGUGGU